UUCGAAUUAUCUAGGAAUUUAAACGACUGUGCCUCCAAUGAGCAGUGAGUAUGUUAAUGGCAAACCUUCUUACACUUUUGAUCUGGUGUUCUUACGUGGUUUACAUCUCAAGGGUACUGUCCACGGCAGCUGAUAUACUCACAACUGCAAAUCGAUCCAUUAGAGAUGGUGAAACCGUAGUUUCAGCUGGGGGAAACUUCGAAAUGGGAUUUUUCAGCCCUGUCGAUUCAAAGAAACGAUAUUUCGGGAUAUGGUACAAGAGAAUUCCAAUUGACCCAUUUGUUUGGGUCGCCAACAGAGAUACGCCGCUCACAGAUUCAUCUGGAGUUCUGAAGGUGACUGACCACGGAAUUCUAGUCAUUUCCAAUCGCACCAAUCACAUAAUUUGGUCUUCAAAUAUAUCAAGAUCUGCGCAUGAUCCAGUUGUUCAGCUUUUGGACUCGGGAAAUCUAGUAGUGAGGAAUAGAAAUGAAGGCAACCCUGAAGACAACCUUUGGCAAAGUUUUGACUAUCCAUGUCAUGCCAUUCUGCCAGGCAUGAAGCUCGGGCGGAACAUAAUCACAGGACAUGAUUGGUAUCUUACAUCGUGGAAGAGCAGUGACGAUCCAUCUCCGGGUGAUUAUACAUAUCGCUUUGACCCUAAUGGGUUUCCGCAGGAGUUCCUGAGGAGUAAUUCAGUUGUACAGUUUCGUUCAGGACCAUGGAAUGGCGUGAGAUUUAGUGGGUUUCCCCAGCAAAAACCAAAUCCUCUAAUUAAAUAUGGUUUUGUUUUCAAUAAGAAUGAGAUGUAUUACUUCUGUGAGACCCUUGAUAACUCAAUCGUUUCAAAGGUGGUCUUAACUCCAAAUGGAAUGAUUCAGCGAUUCAUAUGGGCUAAUUUAACCGGCAGUUGGAAUGCUUACGGGAAUAUGGAUAGUUGUGACAGGUAUGGACUAUGUGGUGCUUAUGCUACUUGUGACAUUAACAACUUGCCAGUGUGUGUUUGUUUGAGAGGGUUUGUGCCAAAAUACCCAAAACAUUGGAAGAGAACAGAUUGGUCAGGUGGGUGUGUUAGAAGGAGGCCCCUCGGUUGCGAAAACAGAGAUGAGUUUUUUAAGCAUUCUGGUGUGAAGGUGCCGGACACACGCGGUUCCUGGUUUAACGAGAGCAUGAACCUUGAGGAAUGUAGGAGUUUGUGCCUAAAGAACUGCUCGUGUACAGCUUACACAAAUACAGAUAUCAGAGGAGGAGGGAGAGGGUGCUUGCUCUGGUUUGGGGACCUGAUUGAUAUGAGACAGUUCACUGAGACUGAGCAAGAUGUUUACAUUAGGGUGGUUGCAUCAGAACUAGAAUCUCCAGAUCCAGCAAAGAAGACGGAGAUUAAGGCUAAGGCAAGGUCCAAUGUCAAGAAACGAACGAGGGUCGUAGUGAUCACCUUUUUGCUAAUUACAGCAACUCUGCUCCUUGGCAUAGCCCUGAUCUUGUAUAAAAAGAGAAGAAAAAAGCAAAUUAGACGAGAAAAUUUGGGACACGGUCCACGAAGUAAUAAUGAAAGUCGAAAGGAAGACCUUGAGUUACCAUCAUUUGAACUAGCUGCAUUAGCUGCUGCUACCAACAACUUUUCUGUGGACAACAAACUUGGAGAGGGUGGUUUUGGACCUGUUUAUAAGGGUAUGUUGAAAGUAGGGCAACAAAUAGCUGUGAAGAGGCUUUCAAGGAAUUCUAGACAAGGACUUCCUGAGUUCAAGAAUGAAGUUAAAUACAUUGCUAGGCUUCAGCACCGAAAUCUUGUGAAGCUCCUUGGCUGUUGUAUUCACAAGGAAGAAAGGAUGUUAGUAUAUGAAUAUAUGCCAAACAAAAGCCUGGACUACUUUCUCUUUGAUGAAGGUCCCAGCGUGUUGCUCAAUUGGCCCAAGCGCUUCCACAUUAUCAAUGGAAUUGCUCGAGGGCUACUUUAUCUUCAUCAAGAUUCCAGACUAAGAAUAAUCCAUCGAGAUCUCAAAGCCGAUAAUGUUUUGCUAGAUUAUGAAUUGAACCCAAAAAUUUCGGACUUUGGCAUUGCUAGAUGUUUUGGAGAAACAGAAAGUACAGCUAGCACAAAUAUAGUGGUUGGAACAUAUGGCUACAUGUCCCCAGAGUAUGCUAGUGAAGGGCUCUACUCGGUGAAAUCGGAUGUAUACAGCUUUGGUGUUUUGGUGCUAGAGAUAGUGAGUGGGAAGAGAAACCGAGGAUUUCGUCAUCCUGACCACUGCCAUAGCCUAUUGGGGCAUGCAUGGACACUCUACAUGGAAGGAAGGUCUUUAGAGCUCAUUGAUGUGCCGGUUAAGGACUCCUAUAACACCAUUGAAGUGUUGCGUUCAGUCCAUAUCAGUCUUUUAUGUGUACAACAUUGUCCAGAAGAUAGGCCAAGCAUGUCAUCUGUGAUUCUGAUGUUUGGCAGUGAUGGUGCAUUGCCUCAUCCAAAACAACCAGGGUUUUUUGCUGAAAGAAACAUCUACGAAACUAAUACUUCUUCGAGCAAACAUGAACAAAGAAGUACAAUCAAUGAAUUCAGCAUUACUUUAUUAGAGGCUAGAUAGACCUUUGUGUGGGCUCAUAUGAUAGUUACUUAUAUGAGCAUAUCUCUUUUCUGCAAGAUCAUUUUUAUAAAAUUUAGAUUGGUUGUGA